AUGCUCUCCACAACCUGCGGCGGCAGUCCGACGGGAUCAUUAUCUACCCAGCGAUCCAUUCCCUCUGAGUUGUAUGCUGGUGCUCGCCCUGGAUCGAACAAGCGGUGGUGCUCUCUGACUAUAGAAAGUCUCCUUCCGGCUACGCGGUAUGCUGUCUAUGUAGAGGUGAAAUAUCUGCCCAGCUACUCUGGAAUCAUCAGCCAGUUAGCCUACUUCACAACUCAGGCUAUUAAUCCUUCACCUCCUAGUUUUGUGCGAGUGGAGCCACUUCCAUUCGGUCGGCUUCAUCUCUCUUGGUUGCCUCCUCGUUCCCCAAACGGUGUCGUUAGUGUCUACCUUGUUUGGUUGCGUCGACUCCGCCAGCGCAGAUUAGACUUUGGCGUAGGCCGCGAUGAAUUCUGCUUCGGCGGUAUGUGGGUUUGA